AUGGAAUACAUCAGUGCGAUUCAGUCCAACACGGACACCCUGAAGCCCUCCCUCUUCGAACUCCUCGCAGAGCAACAACUCGCCGCUCUUCUCCCACCAUCCAUUCGCUACAUUCUUGCGAUCACCACACACCGCUACCCGCGCUACCUCCUUCGGAUACUCAACAACUUCGACGAAGUCUACGCGCUCCUCUCCCUCUUAGUAGAGCGCUACUAUCUGAAGACUUUCGGCGGCAGCUUCACCGAGAACUUCUACGCCCUGAAGCGAGAGCGCGUCCUGCGCGUCAACGGAGGCGAGAUCAAGCGCACCCAACUCGCCGUCCCAUCAGAAGUCCGCGAGCGCUUGAGGAUAAAGCGCGCGGAUAUCUGGAAGAACCUUUUCAUCCUGGUUGGAAUCCCCUACCUCAAGCGCAAGCUGGAUGAAAGCUACGACAUUCACAUCGCGCCCAGUGCAAGUCUCCUGAGGCCGCAAUAUGUCGACCGCAAUGUCCUGCCGUCAGACGCCACGCUCAAGCAGCGAAUCAUGCACUACUACAAACUGUUCCUUCGCAGAAUCUACCCUUCGCUGAACGCAGCAUACUACUUCAGCAUUCUCGCCUUCUCCCUGGGCUACCUCUUUGACUCUACCAAGUACUCCUCGCCCUUCCUCUGGCUAGUCUCGACGCGCAUGCGCCGUAUGUCCGAAGCAGACUACCGCGCCAUCGACGCAGCCAGCGAUGCCGCCGCCAAAGCAGCCUCCGCAGCAGCAGGCCGACCGGGCCAAGGCCUAGCAGGCAUCUUCCACCCACGUACCAUGUACCCACGCCUUCUUUCAUCGCUUCGCCUCUUCCUCCCGGCUUCGAUCUUCGCCCUCAAGUUCCUUGAAUGGUGGCACCAAUCCGACUUCUCCCGCCAGCUGACUCGCAAAGCCGCCGAGGGGCUUGAACUCCCGCCUCCUAUCAUCAGCGGGCUAGAUCUCAUCAAGAAUACCGACCCAGAGUCUGGCCUUACGACACUCGAAAAGUCGCAGAGCACCAAGAAUGCGUCAGCAAAUACGCCUCAGAAACGCCAGCCCCCAAUCUCAAGCACGACCUUCCUCCCAAUCUUCACCGUCCCACCGCCAGCAACAUCCGACCUAUGUCCGAUCUGCCUACAGCCGAUCUCGAACGCCGCGGCAUGCCAGACGGGGGCGGUCUAUGAUUACAAGUGUAUCUUUCAGUGGCUGGAGGGAGCACAUGACUUGCAGGAGAGGUUCAUGCGUGGCGAGGAGGAAGCGGACGAUGGUGACAAUGCUGGAAAUGGGACCGGCAAGAAGAACGGGUCGAGUAGGGAAGGGAAAUGGGAGAGCGGACAAGGGCGAUGUGCGGUCACAGGCCGGAGAGUGCUUGGUGGGACGGGUGGGUUGAGGAGGGUGCUUGUGUGA